AUGCCUCAACUUAUUCCAAAAAGAAUAGCCAGACCAAAAUUAGAUCUCCCUGAACUGAGAGAGCCGGAAGUUGACUUUUUGAAAAAUGGACCAUCUGGUCACAUCUGUCUCUCUGGUGUGCGACUUGGUGUUCCACCAGACAUGAUCACCGGUGGUACAAGGAUUGGAAGUGGCGAGGGACAUGCGGCAGUUUAUCGUUUGGUUUAUAAUGGAAUUGUUAUUGCACGAAAAGAUGUUCGUGUGCAAUUAACUUUUGGAGCCGAUAAUGAAGAUAUCAAUAAGAUGUUGAACAAGAAAUUACGUGAAGUUAAUGUUAUCAAAGGGUGCUCUCCGUGUCCGUUCAUUGUUCAUUUUUAUGGAUAUUAUGUUCACAAAGUAAUCGGAUGUGUGAAUAUUCAUAUUUUCAUGGAAGAAUUGGCACUGAGUGCAUCGUUCCUAAAGAGAGAAAUUAGUGAGAGAGGGCAGCAGAUACCCGAAUUUGUAAUUGGUCGCAUCGUCUGUUCUGUCACUCAUGCCCUGUGGUUUCUGAAGGAGAAAAUGCAAAUCAUUCACAGAGACAUCAAGCCAUCCAAUAUAUUGAUCGAUAAUGAUGGAAGAGUGAAGAUUUGUGAUUUUGGAAUCAGUGGAAUCCUUCAAAACUCUCUCGCUAUCUCCGCAACAGGCGUUCAACAAUACACAGCGCCGGAAAUCAAUGAACAAUCGUUGGUUCACUCGCCAGGUUACUCUAUCAAAAGUGAUAUUUGGUCACUUGGUAUCACUAUCUUCGAGUUGGCCACACUAACGUUCCCGUACCCUUCUGAUAUCUCAGGAAUAUGUUUGUCUGGAGCAAUCUAUAAUUCAGCACCACCGCGUCUGCGAAGAGGAGCAUUUAGUGACAACUUGGUGGACUUUGUCGAGAAACUACUUCAGAAAAGCAAAGACGAUCGACCGAAUCUCAACGGAGUUAUGGAGUUGGCUUUCUUCAAGGAGCAUGACGUCCCGUUUUCUUGCAUUGGUACUGGAGAGGGAAAUGCGACCAACGCGAAUGCAGAAAGACCGUCUGUUGGAAAAUGGCUCGAUGAUUUUCUUUUCCCUGCUGAAUAA